AGUUUAAUUUAAAAGUUAUAAAGUAUAUCUAAAGAUAUUGAUACGUGCGCGCGUGUGAUCAUUUACCUGGAAAUGUUAUCAGAUAUGUUAUCAUAGGUAGAACGGUGAAUGUGUCAAAGUUACCAUUGAGUAAUAUAAAAGAAGCUAACAGUGAGCCGAUACACGAUCAAAUGUCUUCAAUUAUGAAUAAUAUUCUAUUUAAUAGUUGGAUUAUUAUUUUACUUUGUUUAAACAUUAUACAUAAAUGUAAAAGUGAUAUAUGCACAAAAUGUUUAUGUUCUGUUAAAGAUAGAGGAACUGUUAUUAAUUGCCAUGAAAAAUUAGUUACAAAUGACAACAAAAUUCAGUUGAAGUCAUUAAUGUUAGAUCAGUAUCAAAAUGUAGAAGAAUUAAUUUUAUCAAAGAAUAAUUUGACACUUGUUUCACCAAAUACAUUUAUAAUGUUGAAGCAUAUGAGGAAAUUAGAUUUGUCUGAAAACUUAAUAUCUGAAAUAUGUAUUAAUGAAUUAACAAAAUCUAAUAAUCUAACUGAAUUAAAUUAUUCAAACAAUAAAUUAAAAAUCUUUAAUAAUAUUAUAUUUGAUAAAAUAUCAACCAUUACUAAAUUAAAUUUGAGUCAUAAUUAUAUUAAAAUACUUAAAUCAACAAUUAUUUCAAAACCUGUAAUAAGUUUAAUUAUCCUUGACCUUUCUUAUAAUAAUAUAACUUUUAUUGAUAAUGCAUUUUUAAAACCAUUCUUGCAUUUACAAUAUUUAGAUUUGUCAUUUAACAAAAUUACUUCAAUUUCUGAAAAUGCUUUUUCGCAACUUUUUAAUUUAAAAACGCUUAGAAUAAAUAAUAAUUUCCUUAUAUCAUUAAAAUUUAAUGAAUUACCAGAUAAUUUAAUUGAAUUACGCAUUGAAUACAAUAAGAUCGUAAAAUUAUUUUACGAACCAUCUCAAAUUGAAGAAUUGAAUAUUGAAUUUAAUAAUAUUUCUCGGUUAGAAACAAAUUUAGCAUCCCUUCAUUCUUUAGAAUAUUUAAAUGUAAGCGACAACAAGUUAGCCAAGUUUCCAAAUGUAACACUUCAGAGAUUAAAAGUAUUAGACAUUUCUAAUAAUAAUUAUUCUAAUAUCCCGAAAUACUUAUCAUCAGAAAAUUAUCCACUAUUGAACACACUUAUUGUCAGCGGAAAUCUAAUUAAGAAUUUAACGUUUUACUCUAAAUUAAAACUGCGUUCAUUCGUUGCAAAUUAUAUUACACUUCUUGAAAAGAUUAAUAAUGAUGCAUUCUUAAAUUUGGAAGCACCCAUAAAUGAUUGCAUUAAUCUUACAAUAACUAACAAUAAAAAACUGAUCUCCAUUGAUGAGAGAGCUUUGGAUAAUAUGAAUGUAUGUUUUGUAGAUUUAAGUAACAAUAACAUAAAUUAUAUUUCUCCUAAACUAUUAUUAUCCAAUAAUACUCUUAAAAUGAGUAAUGGCAUUGAUUUACAAGGAAAUCCUCUUGCAUGUAAUUGUUCUUUGCAAUGGAUGUUAAAUGAUCUACUACCACAGCUCUAUGUUAUUAAUCCAAGUAUUUUGAAUAAUCUAAGAUGUGCAACGCCCCUCAGUCUAUUGAAUAUAAGAUUGGUACAUUGGUACAAAUGGAAGAAAAAAAUAUUUUGCAAUGACAUUUCUGAAUUAUCAUCAAAUUUCUCAGAAAAAUAUGAGGCAGUAUCUGAAAGAAAAAUGAUAAUGAUUGAGUCUAGUCCUGAAUUAUAUGCGAUCUUAGGGUCUGCUAUUAUAUUGUUAAUAGUUCUUUUUGUGAUUGGAAUUUUAUUGACUCAAAAAUUAGAGAAGAAAAGAUCUCGUCAAAACAGAAGAUUUUAAAUAAACAUUAAGAAAAUAUAUUAAUUUAUAAACUAUACAAUUGUAUAAUUAA